AUGAUACUCAACACGAAAAUAACUUCAAAAGUAUAUGUUGGUCAUGAGUUUAAUACGAUUAAUUCAUUAUGUUUGAUUGAACCAACUUCGAUAUUUGUCACUGGAGGUACUGAUUCAAUAAUCAAGCUUCAUACCGAUGAUGAUCUCUUGAAUUUACCCAAAGAACAUAAUGGAUCAAUUAAUGGGAUUGAUUAUUUCAAAGAUAAUUUGAUUUCAGUGAGUAGUGAUGGACAACUAAUUAAUUGGGACUUGGUAAAACAGAAGAAAAAACUUGGUUAUGCAAAGAGUAAAGAUAAUUUAACUAGUUGUGCUAAAUUAAAUGACCGAUUAUGGUGUUGUGGAGGAUACAAUCAUCGAUUAUAUUUUUAUGAUUCUAGAGUAUCGAAAAGCUUCUAUUCGAUGAAUAUAGGUAAGGAUAUAAUCAAUGAUAUUAAUUAUAAAGACCAAGACGUGAUUGGAAUAUCUAAUUCCGAUGGUUGUUUUUAUCAAAUUGAUUUACGUAAUAGUAAUCAAAUAAUCGAUGAGUAUAAUAAAGGAUCAAUUAUGUCCAAUUAUUAUAACGACACAUUACAAAAAGAUUUACUUUUCUUUGAAAAUGGUGACUUAGUAAUUGAUUCUUUUUCAAUUAGUACCUUUAAAAGAAAUUAUAAGUAUAACGCUCAAUUGAUUGAUUAUAAUGGUAAUCAUUGGAUAAUUGCCGGGAAUCAAUCAAAAAUCGACGUCUGGAAUUAUCAAGAAGGUUACGUCGACUCGCUAGCAAACAAUUUGGUAGACGUAGUAAGUGAAGUAAAGUUUAAUAAGUAUGGUAACCAAAUAAUUGGAACCUCUAGUGAUAAAGUAGUUAUUUGGCAAAAUGUAUUUUAA